UUCAGUAUAUAAACCCCACACGCGGGGGGAAGAAGGUGUCCUCAUUAAGUUUCUUUAACUGAAAGGAAGAUCGAAUCGCUUCUCGCUCGGAGCUCCUGGAGUAACCGUCGGAGAACUCAUCAGCGUCUCUCUCUCUCUCUGAGACUAUCGAAUCGGUGGAAGGAGAUUCGCCUGAUCGAAAGUUCGUGAUCUAUUUCGUAGUGUGUGAUUUUAAUUUAUCUUUUUGUAGGUUUCCGUGAUUUAGAUUCUUCGUUCGUUCGUUCCCUUCUCUGGUGAUUGAUUGUUCCCAUACGCUUUAGCUUUGUUUGAUUGGGUUUCUGUAUAUAGUUUUACGAAAAGACUUUGAAGAAUCUAGGUGGUAAUGCAAAAAUAGGUUAAUAAUCCAUCUGACACGUGUUUGGAUUUGGUGAACCGUGCUCAUGAGUCAGUCUUUUGAGUUAGCAAAAGGAGGCUUCUUGGAGAAUAAUCUUUGGAGUUGUUGUGUGUCUCAGAGAUAGAUUCAAGGUGAGUCUGAGAGCCUUGGAUCUACAAGUAUUGAUUCUUGGGAAACAUUUCCUUCCUGUGUUGCUCUUUCUCUUCGCUAACCCAGACUUGUGCUUGUGCUAUCUUCGUCCUAUUUCCCUUGAUCAUGCAACUCCUAAACCUUCUCUGUUUAUUAUCUAAAGUUUCCCUUAGAGCAUUUGGAGCUUGUGAACUUAGUAGAAUGUUCUCGUGUCUUUUUAGUUCCUUUGGUUGCUGGUACAUCCUUCAGGCCAGAUUCAAAGAUGGAUAACUAAAGAGUAUUCUCUUCAGGCUUUUAAUUCCUUUAGUAAAAAAUUCUGAUUCAUACUGAAGUAAUAUUGGUGCAGAGUGGCAAUGGGAGGUUGGGGAUAUCCGGUUUAAACCGGAUAUGUUUUCCCAGAUUUCAAGAACUGAAGUGAGCUAAGCUUUUCUUUCUGUACGAAGGCUCCAUCAACCAAGAGGGCUGUGUUUAGUUUUUAUAAUUUGUAAAUCUUCUUGUUUUGAUGUUACUUGCCUCUUGGAGAAAGCUUAUUGGAGCUGUUUCAUAACUGGAUUGUCUUGGUGAUGAUUGGAUUGGUCUACUGCAAUGUAGAUGGAAGCAACAGUUCAUCGAGUUUUUUCAGGUGACAUAUUACUUGGAAAUGAUGAAUAUGUAUUCUAAAUCUUUUCUUGCUUGCAGGUUACAUAAGCUUUUCCAUCAGCUAGCCAGUAUCAUUCACAGAUAGUUCGUAAUGGAGGGGGUACAUUUCAACCAUUUCGUUGAGCAACCCCAGAAGACUGACCGAGAGAAGAGUGAGAUGCUCAGCCCUCAUUCAAGCAAUGAAGAAACUGAGUCGUUGAUUCUCGAACUCGAGUCGGCAGAGUCAUUAUUAAAAGAAGUCCUUGACAGAGGACUAAUGGAACAUGGAUGUCCUCAUUACAGAAGAAGGUGUUGCAUUAGAUCUCCUUGCUGUGAUGAGAUCUUUGGUUGCCAUCACUGUCAUAAUGAGGCGAAGAACAAUAUAAGUGUAGAUCCGAAACAGAGUCAUGAUAUUCCUCGCCAGAAAGUUGAACAGGUUAUUUGCUCACUCUGUGGCACUGAACAAGAGGUUCGCCAAACUUGCACCAACUGCGGAGUGUGCAUGGGGAAGUACUUCUGUGAAGCCUGCAAGCUCUACGAUGAUGAUACAUCUAAAAAACAAUAUCACUGCGACGGCUGUGGAAUAUGCAGAAUCGGCGGACAUGAAAAUUUCUUUCACUGUUACAAGUGUGGCUGUUGUUACUCAAUCCUUCUCAAGAACAGUCACCCUUGUGUUGAAGGAGCAAUGCAUCACGACUGCCCCAUUUGUUUUGAGUACCUGUUUGAAUCAAGGAACGAUGUAACAGUUUUGCCCUGCGGACACACCAUCCAUCAGAAGUGCUUGGAGGAAAUGAGAGAACAUUACCAAUACGCGUGCCCGCUUUGCUCAAAAUCUGUAUGCGACAUGUCAAAGGUGUGGGAGAAAUUUGACGUGGAGAUUGCUGCUACACCAAUGCCAGAACCAUACCAGAACAAAAUGGUUCAGAUCCUCUGCAACGACUGUGGGACAAAAUCAGAGGUCCAGUACCAUGUGGUAGCUCAGAAAUGCCCAAACUGCAAAUCAUACAACACUCGCCAAACCCGAGGCUGAAGCAGAGGCUUUUGAAAGUUGGUUUGCUAUCAUAUGCAUUUUAAGAGCAAUGUACUUGAGUCAAUAGUGUCAUUGGCUUCUUCACCUGAGGGCUCAGUCUCUCGAGUCUCAUCUCUUCUUCAAUAUUAACCGGCUGGGCCCUUGUUAGCUGGUGUUCUGUAAUAAGCUCUAGUUGUUUUCCAUUGCAACAUGUCUCCUUUGUCCCGACUCUUGAGUUAUUCGUUAAUGAUCUGAAGAAAUACAUGGCAAACUAAAACCAUUAUGAGUUA